AUGACAGUAAUUGCUGCAAUCAGUUGUACUCUCUUAUUUUCCGUUCUCUGUGAAACAAGUGCAUUAGUGUUGCCCAACUCCACUGACCUAUUCCUGUCAGACAAUAAUUUCACUGACAUUGAGACGGCUUUGGCAGCCCAUCUGGACUCUGCAAAAAUUCCCAAAGCCAGGCGGAAGCGCUACAUUUCACAGAAUGACAUGAUUGCCAUUCUUGAUUAUCAUAAUCAAGUCAGAGGCAAAGUCUUCCCACCUGCUUCCAACAUGGAAUAUAUGGUCUGGGAUGAAACGCUUGCCAAAUCUGCAGAGGCUUGGGCUGCUACAUGCAUUUGGGACCAUGGACCUUCCUACCUACUGAGAUUCUUGGGCCAGAACCUGUCUGUAAGAACUGGAAGGUAUCGAUCUAUUCUCCAGCUGGUAAAGCCAUGGUACGAUGAGGUGAAGGAUUAUGCUUUCCCUUAUCCUCAAGAUUGCAAUCCCAGAUGCCCCAUGCGAUGUUAUGGACCCAUGUGCACCCAUUACACACAGAUGGUUUGGGCCACUUCCAAUCGUAUAGGCUGCGCAAUCCACACGUGCCACAAUAUGAACGUCUGGGGAUCUGUUUGGCGACGAGCUGUUUACUUGGUAUGCAACUAUGCCCCAAAGGGAAACUGGAUUGGAGAAGCACCAUAUAAAGUAGGAGUCCCAUGUUCAGCUUGUCCUCCAAGCUAUGGAGGUUCUUGUACCGACAAUCUUUGUUUCCCAGGAGUAACAUCAAACUACUUAUACUGGUUUAAAUAA